GGCCUGGAGGUUAUAAAAGGGCUAACUGGCUCCCUCUGCUGCCCAGUCGCACCGCCAGCGGACUGAGGGCACGGUGCAAGGGAAGAGCUAGGCCCGGGGGCAGGCGACCGGGAACUCAGGCGUGUGCGGUCCUCCCGUCCCACUUUCCAGGUGUGUGAGCCUGUGUAACUAAGUCUUCCAAGAUGAUCUGGUGUAUUUUAAUAGCAGGGAUUCUACUUCCUCCAUCUUCGGCUCAUCCAGGGUUUUUUACAUCAAUAGGUCAGAUGACUGACUUGAUCUAUACCGAGAAAGAUCUGGUGACUUCUCUGAAAGAUUACAUUAAGGCAGAAGAGGACAAGUUAGAGCAGAUAAAAAAAUGGGCAGAGAAAUUAGAUCUGCUCACCAGCACAGCAACGGAAGAUCCCGAAGGAUUCGUUGGGCAUCCUGUGAAUGCAUUCAAGUUGGUGAAGCGCCUGAACACUGAGUGGAGUGAGCUGGAGAAUCUCGUCCUGAAGGACAUGUCUGACGGCUUUAUUUCUAACCUAACCAUCCAGAGGCAGUAUUUCCCUAAUGACGAAGAUCAGGUUGGGGCAGCCAAAGCUCUGCUGCGUCUCCAGGAUACCUACAAUUUGGAUACAGAUACCAUAUCAAAGGGGAAUCUUCCAGGUGUAAGACACAAAGCUUUUCUAACAGCUGAGGACUGUUUUGAGUUGGGCAAAGUGGCCUACACAGAAGCCGAUUAUUAUCACACAGAGCUGUGGAUGGAGCAGGCACUGAAGCAGCUGGAGGACGGCGAGGUCUCCACCAUUGAUAAAGUCUCUGUUCUAGAUUAUUUGAGCUACGCAGUGUACCAGCAAGGAGAUCUGGAUAAGGCACUUGCGCUGACAAAGAAGCUUUUGGAACUAGAUCCUGAACAUCAGAGAGCUAACGGUAACUUAAAAUAUUUUGAGUAUAUAAUGGCUAAAGAAAAAGAUACAAAUCAGUCUGCUUCAGAUGGCCAGUCUGAUCAGAAAGUCACGCCGAGGAGAAGAGGGGUUGCUGUGGAUUACCUGCCCGAGAGACAGAAGUACGAAAUGCUGUGCCGUGGGGAGGGUGUCAAAAUGACUCCUCGGCGACAGAAAAAGCUCUUUUGCCGCUACCAUGAUGGAAACCGGAAUCCUAAAUUUAUCCUGGCUCCAGCCAAGCAGGAGGAUGAGUGGGACAAGCCUCGUAUUAUUCGCUUCCACGAUAUUAUUUCUGACGCAGAAAUUGAAAUUGUCAAAGAUCUAGCAAAACCAAGGCUAAGCCGAGCUACAGUACAUGACCCUGAGACUGGAAAAUUGACCACAGCACAGUACAGAGUAUCUAAGAGUGCCUGGCUUUCCGGCUAUGAAGACCCUGUAGUAUCUCGCAUUAACAUGAGAAUACAGGAUCUCACGGGCCUAGACGUUUCCACAGCUGAGGAAUUACAGGUAGCAAAUUACGGAGUUGGAGGACAGUAUGAACCGCACUUUGACUUUGCACGGAAAGAUGAACCAGAUGCUUUCAAAGAGCUGGGAACAGGAAAUAGAAUUGCCACAUGGCUGUUUUAUAUGAGCGAUGUGUCCGCAGGAGGAGCCACUGUUUUUCCUGAAGUAGGAGCUAGCGUAUGGCCCAAAAAAGGCACCGCUGUUUUCUGGUAUAAUUUGUUUGCCAGCGGAGAAGGAGAUUACAGUACACGGCAUGCGGCCUGCCCGGUGCUGGUGGGAAACAAAUGGGUAUCCAAUAAAUGGCUGCAUGAACGUGGACAAGAGUUCCGAAGACCUUGCACUUUGUCAGAAUUGGAAUGACAGACC